AUGAAAUCAAUUGGAGGGUUGUCCUCGAUCAAUUGUUGUUUGCUUAGAAAUAUCUCCCAUUCUCGUGUACAGGCGUUGGCACAGACAGACAAAACUUUCGGUCCUAUACGAAUCAAUCCAGUCGGUAUCCAGAAACUAUCUGAUGGUAUGCAUAACCAGAUAUUUCCGUCAACACCGAUAAGUGUUCGCAAAACUGCCAAACAAGAGCGUUUAAUAAAGUUGUCUCACAAAUAUCUCACAGAUAACGAAUUAUUAGGCAAACAGUGCUCUGCCAAUCCUCCGAUCACCUUCAAGUUGCCCAAACUUCAGGGAAAGGAUCUUGAUGAGCAUUUCCAAAGGUUGGGCCGUUACAGUUGUAGCAAAUAUUUACAACAGGUGGAUAUAUUACGCAAUGUUGGAGCUUCUCCUCCUAAGAAACCUACCAGCAAGUGGCUUUUUAAGAGUGGCUGGACUCGUUAUGCUCCUGGUAAAGCGCCGGAAUCCGUCCAAUAUCCUCUAGAAGAUGAACUUGUAUUCGAUGUGGAAGUGAUGUAUAAAGUGUCUCAAUAUCCGAUCUUGGCCACUUGUAUGUCUCCCAAAGCGUGGUAUGGCUGGUGUUCUCCUUAUUUAACCAAAGAUAGCGACAAAAUCGAUGGUCAUUUAAUUCCGUUGGAUGUGGUCAAUAGAGAAAAGAUCAUUGUGGGUCACAACGUGUCCUACGAUAGAGCUCGUGUUCUUGACGAAUAUCGCUUAGAUGGAACAAAGGCUUUUUAUUUGGAUACGAUGUCUCUUCAUAUUGCUGUCAGCGGUAUGUGUUCACGGCAACGAAAUACUUGGAUGAAAUACAAGAAAAAGCAGGAGCAAGACUUAACAGAAACAAGUCUUGAGCGUAUUAGAAGUACCAUCAAAGACGGAGAAUUGAAGCAGAUGUUAGAUAAUCCUGUUCUUGAAAAAGACACGCCUGAAGAUGUAUCACUUGUUGAUGAUCCCUGGCUGAAGAUGAGCAGUUUAAAUAGUUUAAAGCAUGUGGCAAACCUUCAUUGUGGCAUUAAGAUGAAUAAAGACAUCAGGGAUGAGUUUUCCACCAUAGAUAUUGAAGAUAUUCGCCGUGAUUUCCAGAAGUUGAUGAACUAUUGUGGUGGUGAUGUGGAUGCCACUUUUCAAGUGUUUGUUAAAGUUUUCCCAGAAUUUCGGCGGAUUAUCCCCCAUGAUGUGAGUUUUGCUGCCCUUAGGCAUAUCAACCAGAGUUUUCUACCCACGACAAGAGAGUGGAACGAUUAUAUUAAACGUUGUGAGGACAAGUAUCAGGAAAGUUUCCGGAAGAUUGAGGAAAAGUUAAAGCAGCUAUGUCGUGAAGUGGUUGGUUUGAAAGAUAGAGCAGACGAGAAACCGUGGGAAUCCGAUCCUUGGCUAUCUCAACUUGAUUGGAUGAUUAAACAGGCUAAGCUCACCAAAUCCGGUCGUCCUUAUAAAAGUCAGAAGCUUCCUGGAUAUCCAGAAUGGUUCAAGAAGCUAGUUCUUAAGGGAGAAAUGAGCUUGACGACUCGAUCGCGUAUUGCUCCCCUUCUCCUAAGGCUCUCCUGGGAAGGUAAGCCAGUAUUUUGGACUGAUUCUAAAGGAUGGUGCUUUGUUGUCGACCAUAAUGAAGUUGAAUCAUUCAAAAAGAAGAACUACUUGUACGUAGAUCCUGAAAGGAUUUUACCGGAGGAGCCUAAAUUGCAAGCAGAGCUAGAGACACUUUUUGAGGCCAAGAGCCUUUUCAAGGUUCCUCAUGAAUCGGGACCACACUCAAGAACCACAAGUCUUAUGUCGAAGCCUUUCUUAAGGCAUUUCGAGAGAGGAGUUCUCUCGUCAGAAUUUCAAGUGGCUAAAGAUGCGCUACAGUUGGCUGUAGCCAAUAGCUACUGGGUUAGUUCUAGAGAAAGAAUCAUGAAUCAAUUUGUCAUUUUUGACGAUGAAGGAGUGACAGAAAUAGCUGGUAAGCCAGGUUGUGAACCUAUGGGUGCCAUUAUUCCACAGGUUAUAUCCAUGGGUACAAUUACUCGUCGAGCAGUGGAAAAAACGUGGCUUACUGCAUCCAACGCUAAAGAGACACGUCUAGGUUCGGAAUUGAAAGCCAUGGUGAAAGCUCCCAAAGGGUAUUGCUUUGUUGGUGCUGAUGUUGAUAGUGAAGAGUUAUGGAUAGCCUCAUUGAUGGGGGAUUCCGUUUUCAAAAUUCACGGAGGAACUGCACUAGGAUGGAUGACUCUUGAAGGAAAUAAGGGACUUGGCACUGACUUGCAUUCAAAAACCGCCAAGAUUCUAGGGAUCUCUCGUAGUCAAGCUAAGAUCUUCAAUUAUGGUCGCAUCUACGGCGCCGGCGCCGAAUUUGCAACAACAUUAUUGAAAAAAUUCAAUCCAAGUUUGAGUGACAGCGAAGCCGUGAUAACAGCCCGUAAACUAUACGCAUCGACUAAGGGAAAGAGUAACGUCUUGAAGGGUCAAAGAAUCUGGUAUGGUGGUUCAGAAUCUGUCGUUUUCAAUAGAUUGGAGAGGAUUGCCGAACAGGACGAUCCUAAAACUCCAGUUCUUAGUGCUGGCAUCACUGCAGCUUUACAGCGUAAGAACUUAAACUCCAAUACGUUUCUUCCCUCACGUCUUAAUUGGGCCAUUCAGUCGUCAGGAGUAGACUACCUUCAUUUGAUGUUGGUGUCUGUUGAAUAUCUCAGCAGAAUCUAUAAGAUUCCUGCUCGUUUAUGCCUCACUGUUCAUGAUGAGAUUCGAUAUAUAGCUAAGUGGGAAGAUAGAUAUAGGCUUGGGAUUUUACUGCAAAUUGCGAAUCUAUGGACUAGAGGAAUGUUUUGCCAUCAGGUCGGCAUCGACGAUGUUCCACAGGGCUGUGCGUUCUUUUCUUCCGUCGAUUUCGACCACGUUAUCCGGAAAGAGGUCAACAUGGAUUGCAUCACGCCAUCGAAUGAAAAGCCAAUCUUGCACGGGGAGUCUUUGGACAUCUAUGAGUUAUUGAAAAAGCCUGAGGUGAUGGAGAUGCUAAAUUCCGUGGAAGAUCCGGACCUCUCAAAUAUUCCCGUGAAACAGACAACGAAACCGGUGGAAGAGCUUGAUAAGAACAUGGAUUCCGGUACCAGAAGUCUUUAUAUUGCCAUGCAGAUUGCUACCAAUGAGAAGGAGUUCAAGAAAUUCAAAAACAAAUAUCUUAGAAAUCUGGACGUGUCAAAGAGUCAGAAAUUUUACAAGAAGAUGAAGAAGGAUAAGGAGACUGGUACGAAAGUAAUAGAUUCAAGGUUCGAGCAAUUAGACGUGGAUAUGGCCAUUGGAUCCAUGCCACCAAUGAGCGGACUUGGAAUUGGAAUGAAUGAGAUGAUGGAGAUGAUGAACGUACCUUUCAUUGGCUACGGGAAGCAGAGAGCCAACCGCAGACGCUAA